AUGGUCGCCGCGAACGGGCAAGCGAUUGACGCACGCACUCACAUCCUCAACGACCAAGAGUGGCGAGCGCGCAACCGGGCAAGUGACCGCCUCACCGACGAGGCCCCGCGCCAGAGCGCGUUUAACCGGGUAGGACCGGCAUGUUUCGGCCCCAUGAUAAGAGGCGAGCCCUACCCGGUUGGGUUCAAGGGCCCUCGUGACAUUGAAAAGUACGACACAGAUAUCGACCCCACGGUCUGGAUCGACUCGUACACCAUGGCGAUGGGCAUCUUGGGUUAUUCCGAGCUACUCGCCGCCCGCUACUUGCCCCUCAUGAUGGACAGAGUGAACCGUCAUUGGUUCAACACCCUCACACCAAACAACAUCGAUUCAUGGGACGAAGCCAGGGCCGCCUUCAUCCAACACUUCGCCAGCGCGUACACGCGCGCAACAACCAUAGAAGACCUGGACCGCUUCGACUCGGACGACGAGUACGGCCAGCGGCGCAAUCGCCGCCCCACUCACUCCGACAAGCGCCGCGGUGACUACCGGUUCAGCGGCCGGUCCAGUGGCGGCAAACGCCACGCCGAUGGUGGCCACACGGAACUCGUCGCCAAUGCCGACUACGAGCAACGCGACCCAAAAUCGUUCCGGCGAGAGAACCGCGCACCAAGAGAGGACCGGCCUCAGCCCAAGCGGUUCGACGCGCACAGCUUGCUAGAUGCCCCAUGCAUCUACCACAGCAGGGAGGAGGGCAAGCCCUCCAACCACAUGACUGGAAACUGCUAUUCCCUGAAGCAGAUCGAGAGAGCCCGCCGCGCCAAAGAAGCCCACGGCGGUAACCAGCACAAGGACCGCGCCAAGGACCAGGACCAGAGUAAAGAAGACGGAUUCGGACGUAGUGCCGGCUCGCUACACACCUUCACCGGGGUCGGCGAUCGCCGCGAUCGGAAAGUCCUCACCAGGGCAGUCGCCGUGCACGCAGUCUCAGUCGACGUGCCCCGCUGGCUCAACUGGUCCGAGCAAAACAUCACGUGGAGUCGUGAGGACCACGCCCCACGCAUUGAAUACCCAGGCCGAGUAGCGCUAGUCGUCAGGCCUAAAGUGGCCGACUACUGGCUCCCGAAGACCCUGAUGGAUGGAGGAAGCUCCAUUAAUAUAAUGUACUACGAAACCUUCCAGCGACUCGGUCUGCCGGACUCGCGCCUUGAAGACACCAAAGUCACGUUCCACGGCAUCGUCCCAGGGCGGAAAGCCUUUCCAAUCGGCAAGGUCACGCUGCCAGUCACCUUCGGCACGCCUGUGAAUUACCGCACCGAGCGGAUAACAUUCGAGGUGGUCAACUUUCGCAGCCCAUACCACUGCGUCCUCGGUCGCCAGGCGUUCGCCAGAUUCAUGGCCGCGCCCCAUUACACCUACAACAUGAUGAAGAUGCCCGGGCCCCGCGGUAUCAUAACCGUCCAUGGCGACCCGGCAAUGGCGCUGGAGUGCGAGGACAACAGCGCCAAGCUCGCCGAUGCCGUCAUCGCCGAAGAAGUCGACAACAACGCCGAGCUCGCCAAGUACCCGGUCGACAGCAACGACCCCACCAUCCUCGAGAAGCCGACUGAGCUCGACUCGCCUGCAGCGACCUUCAAACCUACCACCGAUACUCGCCAAGUAGACCUUGUAGAAAACGAUUCGAGUAGGUAG